CAGCCUCAUUUCUAUUUCUGUCACUAAACAGUCCAUUCUCUGUUCACAACAGAUAUCGUUUUCGCCCCAACAUAUUCUCCAAUUUAACGUCUAUUCUCGAAUUCUUGAAUUUUUCUAUCCAAAAAAUGGGUAUACGCUUUCACUGAAAAACUUUGUUAAAUUGGCGGGCUGCUAAGGAGCGAUAUGAUUCUUUUCUUCAGCUUUCGAAGCUCUAACUUCGCUUUCUGGCUCAUCCUCUGAGUUGUUCAGGCCUCCAAUCACAUGCAUAUGGGAGGGUUCAAAACCAUUCCAACCUUUUUUCUCAGCGUUUGGUUCUAAGGUGCUUUGUUCUCGGAGGAUUUUCGAGUUUUUUCCCCAAAGCGGAGGCCCUUUUGAUUGCAAGUUUAGGCCUAAUAAUUAUGGUGAGGUUACUAUUCCUCCUGUUCUUCUGUCUCUGGAUUUCCACACAAGUGGGGGCUAGAACCGGAAGUAUCAUUACAAAUAAGACUAAAGUACCUUCGAGGCCAAGUGUUGUGAAAAUCGGAGCACUGCUUACUUUCCAUUCGGUCAUUGGAAAAUCAGCAAAACCUGCAAUUUUAGCUGCCAUCGAUGAUGUUAAUAAUGAUACAAGCAUUCUUCCUGGUACUAAAAUGGAAGUUAUUUUACAUGAUACAAACUGCAGCGGGUUUCUCGGCACAGUGGAAGCUCUGGGGUUGAUGGAGAAUGACGUGGUUGCUGCUGUUGGUCCACAGUCAUCUGGAAUAGCUCAUGUCAUCUCCCAUGUUGUUAAUGAACUCCAUGUGCCUCUCCUGUCAUUUGGGGCUACAGACCCUACUCUUGCUUCUCUGCAGUACCCAUAUUUUGUCCGCACUACGCAGAAUGACUAUUUUCAGAUGAACGCAAUUGCAGACUUGAUUGACUACUUUGGUUGGAAGGAGGUGAUUGCUAUCUUUGUGGAUGAUGAUAAUGGAAGAAAUGGAAUUUCUGCACUUGGUGAUGCCCUUGCAAAGAAGCGUGCCAAGAUCUCUUAUAAGGCUGCCUUUACUGCUGGAGCCUCUACAAGUAAUAUCAGUGACUUGUUAAAUGGGGUAAACUUAAUGGAAUCACGGGUCUAUGUUGUCCACGUUAACCCUGAUACUGGUUUGUCCAUUUUUUCUAUUGCGAAGAAAAUUGGUAUGAUGGGCAAUGGUUAUGUUUGGAUUGCAACAGAUUGGCUUCCUUCGGUUCUAGAUGCAUCAGAAGCAGCUGAUCCUGACACAAUGAAUGUCUUACAAGGGGUUAUUGCUUUACGCCAUCAUACUCCUGACACUGAUCUCAAGAAGAGGUUUAUCUCUAGGCUUAAAAACAGUAAAUACAAGGAGGACGCUACGAGCUUUAAUUCCUAUGCACUAUAUGCAUAUGAUUCAGUUUGGUUAGCAGCACGAGCUUUUGAUGCACUUCUCAAUGAGGGAGGAAAUGUAUCUUUUAGUAAUGACCCCAGAUUGCAUGGCACAAAUGGAAGCACGUUGCAUUUAUCAUCACUUCGUACUUUUGAUGGUGGCCCACAGUUUCUCCAGAAAGUCCUGGCAAUGAAUUUCACCGGUCUGAGUGGUCAGAUUCAGUUUGACGAGGACAAGAAUUUAAUUCAUCCAGCAUAUGAUAUUCUAAACAUUGGUGGAUCUAGCCGUAGAAUAGGUUAUUGGUCUAAUUACUCAGGUCUAUCAGUUUUAGCACCUGAAAUUUUAUAUACAAAACCACCUAACAUUUCAUCUAGCAAUCAACAUCUCUACGGUGUGAUAUGGCCGGGGGAGACUACAACAAGACCCCGUGGAUGGGUGUUUCCCAACAAUGGGAAGCCACUGCGAAUAGCAGUACCAAACCGAAUAAGCUAUCUGGAGUUUGUUGCCAAAAACAAGAACCCUCCAGGAGUAAGAGGUUAUUGCAUUGAUGUUUUUGAAGCAGCCUUAAACCUGCUUCCAUAUCCUGUCCCACGACAAUAUAUAUUAUAUGGAGAUGGUCAUAGAAAUCCCAACUACGAUGCACUUACGAAUGAGGUUGCACAAAAUAAUUUUGAUGCAGCUGUUGGAGAUGUUACAAUUGUCACAAACAGGACAAGGAUUGUGGAUUUUACUCAGCCUUUCGUGGAAUCAGGGUUGGUUGUAGUUGUUGCUGUUAAGGAGGAGAAGUCAAGCCCUUGGUCAUUUCUCAAACCAUUCACUGCUCAAAUGUGGUGUGUCACCGGUGCCUUCUUUCUCUUUGUGGGAGCUGUGGUAUGGAUUCUUGAGCACCGGCUCAAUCAUGAGUUCCGUGGUUCUCCAAGGAAACAACUUAUGACCAUUUUUUGGUUUAGCUUCUCCACGAUGUUUUUCUCACAUAGAGAAAACACUGUGAGCACUUUGGGGAGGUUGGUGUUACUGAUAUGGCUUUUUGUGGUAUUAAUCAUCAAUUCAAGCUACACUGCGAGCUUGACAUCGAUCCUCACAGUGCAGCAACUAUCAUCUCAAAUUGAAGGAAUUGACAGCUUGAUUUCAAGCACUCAACCUAUUGGAAUUCAAGAUGGGUCAUUUGCACGGAAGUGCCUGAUAGAUGAUCUGAAUAUAGCUGAAUCUAGGAUUGUGACGUUGAAAAACCAGCAGGAUUAUAUUGAUGCGCUUCAGCGUGGACCCAAGGGUGGAGGGGUGGUGGCAGUUGUUGACGAGCUUCCUUAUAUUGAGAUAUUGAUGUCCAAAACUAAUUGUAAAUUCAGAACUGUAGGUCAGGAGUUCACUAAAAGUGGAUGGGGAUUUGCGUUCCAGAGGGACUCUCCCCUUUCUGUGGACUUGUCAACUGCCAUUCUUCAGCUCUCAGAGAAUGGCGAUUUGCAGAAGAUCCACGACAAAUGGCUCUCAAAAUUUACAUGCGCUGCACAAGUCAAUGAUAUUGAUUCAAACAAGCUCUCUCUCAGUAGCUUCUGGGGCCUCUUCCUCAUAUGCGGGACUGCAUGUUGCCUUGCUCUGGUCAUAUUCUGUAUCAGGGUGUUCUGUCAAUACAUGAAAUUUAUCCCUGAUGAUGAGGAGGCUGAAGAGAAUAUUGAGCCAGUCAGAGCUAGAAGGACAAGUAGAUCCACUAGCUUCAAGAACAUAUUUGGUUUUGUAGACAAAAGAGAAGCCGAAAUAAAGGAGAUAUUGAAGCACAAGAAUAAGAAACGGCGUCGCAGCCAGAGCGUAGACAUGCACUCCAAUUAUUCAAACAGCUAAGUUACUGUGUGUAGUUUUUGUUGGCCGGUUCCUUACGUGUAUUUUUUUCCCCUUAAUUCAGCAUGAAACUGUGCUGUGAGAAUGUCAUCGACACUGUAGAUUGUCAAGCACUAUACGAUUUGCUUGUAGAAGCUUGAACUAAAAUGUUUUAGGUCU